CUUGUGGUUCUCAUCCACCUCACUAAACAAAAAAAAAACGAAAAUAGAAUACGUUCCAUUUGCGCUAUUCCACUGGCCGUUUUAUGCCUGAUUGCUGCCGCUAAGGUAUGCAACGGAUUCCCACAGGAGCUGGCGGAUGAAAUCCACUCGUACGCUAAUAGUCUGUUCGACGAGCUACCGGAGGAAUCAUACAAGGCUGCUGAGGAAAACUACCGUCUAAAGCGAGCAACCUGCGACCUGUUGAGUGGAUUUGGUGUUGGUGAUAGUGCCUGUGCCGCUCAUUGCAUUGCUCGCGGAAAUCGUGGUGGCUACUGCAACUCGAAGAAGGUUUGCGUUUGCAGAAACUGAUCUAUUUGAUUGGAUGGUAGUAAUCUAAGAGAUGAAACAAUGUUCCUAUGCUUGAAACCAAUGAAUGUUUGAGCAAAAGUGUAAAUAAAGUAAUCGUUCACUAUAA